UUAAGGUUAGAUUAGAACGUACAUUAUUGACAUGUUUACUAAGUGUGAUUGUGUGUUAAUUAUUUUAAAACGGGGAGAAUAAUAGACGAUGUCUAAAAAGAGAGACUCCUAGGUUUUGUCACAGAUGAACACCCAUGUGGCAUAUGUCCUCAAGUCAAUCAAAUGGCUUUGUGCUGAAUUGUUUUAUGCUCAACAUCUGCCCCUUCCAAUUGACUCGUAUGCAAAACUCAUUUCCCCUUAUUAAUUAAACUACUGUAUCUCAUAUCAAUGAAUGGGUGCUUCCUUCAAUCCUAAUAACCUGGAGGUGGGCAUUUGAGGUAUUUGCUACACUUCUUGUAUGGAGUGGGAAGAGGGUUUCCUGCUGAAGUCCACUGUCAAAGAUGCAAGCUUUUGCUAAAUCUCUUGGCUGCAGCAUUGACAAGAUCAAAACAAUGGAGGGAUCUGACUAUCUUUCAGAUUCAAUAUUACUAACAUGUCAUCUGUUUGCACGGAUUUCAUUCCAAUGAUUGAGAUGAAGAACAUUCCGUCUCUCCCAAGAGAGAUGGUGGAGCAUGCUCGUCUCCUGACACAGAAAGCCAGACAUGUGCAUGGAGGAAGUGAAGUGUUGUGGAAUUUGGCAACCAACCCCUAUCCUAGUAAUACUAUCUCUAGCGUGGGCAAUCUAAUUAACUUGUUAUUUGAAUCUCUUUUGUUUAUGUGUAAUGUCUAACGGGCUACUUAAUUUUCUAAGUUCUUAUUGUCCUGAUACAGUGAUACCGUUUUAUAUUAGCCUCCUUUAUAGCGUCUAAUUAAUCUAUUCUACUUUAUUAACCAUAAGCAAAAGAAUCAUAGCUUUCUACUUAAGGAAAGAAGUCUUAAUGAAGGGGAAAAACAUGUAGUCAACGGGAAAUAUCCUUAGUUCUAGUUUAAUUCAAAGUUCAAACAUUACGUAAAAAGGAUAUACUACGUAAAUAGCAUUCAAAACGAUAAAAGAAGCGCCAAACACAAAUCCAGUGGAAGCAAAGAAGCAAGCUCGCAACAAUGGCGGCAACUGAUUCUCAGAAACAACUGCUUACUUUGAUUCGCGAUUUUGCUGCUGAGAAAUCUCAUGGAGAGAGAAGAGUCUUCAGCUUGAAGAAGCGUAUCGAGGAGCUUGAAUCAGAGCUGAAUUCAGCAAAUGCAGAGCUUGAAAAUGGAAAGAGAUUCAAGCAAACAGCCGAUCAAGAGCUCAAAGGUUUCGAGGUCGAAUUUUCGAUGAAUGAAGCUUCAAAGCAAACCCUAGAGGCAAGAAUUGUUUCGAUUCAGGAUGAAAUUUCGAAAGUAGGAUCUGAUGUUGAUGUUCUUAAGAAUGAAGAAGCAGCACUUAGAGAUGAAUUUAUCGGUCAAAUGCUCAACUUCAAGACUGAGAUAAGAAAAUUUCAGGAUUUAUCCUGUCCCAAAAAGCAGCAAACUAGUUGCCCGAGAACUUCAUCAGACAGUGGAGAUGCAGAAGUGAUUAAUCUUGAGACUAAGGUCUCUUUCAUGGUUGCUCAGACUGCAACAGAAAAUGAAGAACGUGAAAGGGAACAGAAUCUACAUAAGCAGCUGCAGCAAGAUGUGGUUGACUUAAGAAAGAGACUGGAGCUGAUUGAGACAAUUAUGAAGGACAUCAAGGAGUUACAGAACUUAACAAAAUAUCCUUAUUGACUGUAUUAUUUCCAUGUUAUUU